AAAAAUUAAAAAAAAUCAAAAUCUUUUUGUAUGACUUAAGGAAAGAAUAAGAAAUUAGGAAAGAAGAAGGGAUAAAAGAAAACAAUAGACCCAUUAGCUAGAAAGGAAUGGUUUGAAUUAACAGCACCUGUACCAUUUAGUGCUGGUGGAUUUGGUUAUACAUGUAUAAAUAAAUCUGCAGGAACAGGUAUAUUAUUAUAAAUAAAUAAUAAUAGUUGUUGCAACAGAAGCUAUAAAAGGAAGAGUGGUAGAAGCAUCUUUAGCUGAUCUUUAAGGAUAAUCAGAUUAAAUGGCAUGGAGAAAAGUUAAAUUAAUCAUAGAUGAUGUUGAAGGUACAAGAUGUAGAACAUCAUUCUAUGGUCUUGAUUCAACUAAAGAUAAGAUCUUUGGAAUGAUUAAAAAGCGAUAAACUUUAAUUGAAGUACUUUAUAUUUAUUAUAUUUUAUUUUAGACUUAAGUAGAAGCUAGAUCUUAAGAUGGAUAUAUUCUUAGAAUCUUUGUUAUUGCAUUCACUAAAUCAAUUAAAAAUUAAUAAAGAAAGACAACUUAUGCUUAAAGAAGUUAAAUUAAAGAUAUUAGAAAAAAGAUUGUCGAAAUCGUUCUUAAAGAAGUAUCAAAAAAAACAAUUACCUAAUUACUUAACUUCUUUAAUUAGGAAAGUCUUGCUAAAGAAAUUGGAAAAGCUACUAAAGCUAUAUUCCCAUUAUAAAAUAUUACUUUGAGAAAAGUCAAGUUAGUCAAGAGACCUAAAGUUGAUGGUAUUCAUUAUUUAUUAAUAUAAAUUAGCCUAAAAAUUAAGGGAAUUUUAUGAUGAUUCAUAAAGAUCAAAGACAGCUUAAGUUAGAAGAAAAGGUUAAGCUGAAGAUUAAACUGCUCUUAAUCUUAUUAAAUAAGGAUAAGUUGAUAAAGAAUAAUAAGAAUAAGUAUAACAAGAAUCAUAAUGAUAUAUUAUUACAGUAUAAAGAAUAGUACAU